AUGGCCGGAAAACAAGAAAGAGCUUAUGUUAUCGGAGUAGGAAUGACUAAAUUCUCCAAGCCGCAAGGACGAGCCGAUUAUCCUGGCAAGUUUAUUUAUAUUGCAUGUGGCCGAUGUUCAUUACUUGGACGUGAAGCCGCAUCAAAAGCUUUACUCGACGCUGGAAUUAAAUAUGACGAUAUUCAACAGGCAAUAGUCGGAUAUAGUUACGGGGACUCUACUUGCGGUCAAAGAAUACUGUAUCAACUUGGCAUGACACAGAUCCCAAUAAUUAAUGUUAAUAAUAAUGGUGCAACUGGAUCAACCGCUCUUUUUAUAGCACGUCAGCUCGUUGAAGCUGGUAUCAUCGAUUGCGUACUUGCUUUGGGAUUUGAGAAAAUGGCUCCGGGAUCUUUGCCUAACAAUUUUACUGAUCGCGUCCACCCAGUUGAACUCAGCAUUCUAUUAAUGUCAAAGACACGCGGUCUCGAGCCAGCUCCUAUUCCUGCACAAAUAUUUGGUAAUGCUGGUAUUGAAUAUUGUGAAAAAUAUGGAGCAACACCUGAUCACAUGGCGAAAAUUGCGGAAAAAAACCAUAGGCAUAGCGCUAAUAAUCCCUAUUCGCAAUUGCGCGACAUAUUAUCUCUUGAUCAAAUCAAAUCUUCCCCGAAUGUUUUUGGUCCUUUGACUAAAGUUCAAUGUUGCCCUAAUGCGGAUGGUGCAGCCGCAGCUGUGCUCGCCUCUAAAAGAUUCGUUUGUAAUCAUGGUCUUCAAGGUCAAGCAAUAGAAAUAGUUGCACAGUCAUUGGCAACAGAUUCGCCAUUAUUAUAUGAAAAGAAAAGCUCGAUUGAGUUAGCUGGUGCUGAUAUGACAAGGCGAGCAGCAAGAGAUGCAUUUAACAAAGCUGGGAUUACGCCAAAUGAUGUUCAAGUUGUAGAGCUUCACGAUUGCUUUUCGGCAAAUGAGCUUAUUACUUAUGAUGCAUUAGGCCUUUGUAAGCCAGGAGAAGCCCAUAAAUUAAUAGAUGCAGGUGAUGUAACUUAUGGAGGUAAAUACGUUGUGAACCCUUCAGGUGGGUUGAUAUCUAAGGGUAAUCCAAUAGGUGCUACUGGUCUGGCUCAGUGUACAGAAUUGGUGUGGCAAUUGCGUGGAUGGUGUGAAAGUCGUCAAGUGCCUAACAUUCAAUACGCGCUCCAGCAUAACAUUGGUCUCGGCGGUGCAGCUGUAGUCACAAUUUAUAAGCGAGCAGAAGGAUUAGGCAAACCCAAAAAAUCACAAGAUCCUCAAAAGAGAUUUGGUUAUAAUCCAGCAAUUGAAAUCAAGCCUAUUAGUGAUGCGGAUUUUAAACGAGUUUGCUCUUCUGUCGAUAUAAGCGAAUUUGCUCUGGGAAAAUUAUAA